AGCGGCGGCAGGAUGUUUCUCAAGCUGGCGGUCGCGGUGCAGGUGCUGUCGCUGCUGGCAAACCGGGUGCCUGGUUUCCCCAACCCCGGGGGCAAAGAUAAAGCUAUACACAACAGACAAUUAAGUGUAGAAAGACCUUUGGAGGAACAGAUUGCUGAAGCUGAAGCAGACAAGAAUAGGAAAACAGCUCCCACAGAAAAUAAGCCAGAGUUCAGGAAUUAUUCCUUUGCUGAUGACCUGAAUCUGCUAAGAUCAGUAGCAGAAAGAGAGAGGAAUGAAAAGGAGAGGGAGUCAAUUAGAAGCUCUUUGUAUGAACAGCAACUGGCCAUUGAUGAUGCUGACUCCACCAAGAACCGCAGGCUGGUGGAUGAAUAUGAUUCCACUAAGAGUGGGCUGGAUUAUAAAGUCCAAGAUGAUCCAGAUGGCCUCCACCAGUUAGAUGGCACUCCUUUGACUGCUGAAGACAUUGUUCAAAAAAUUGCUGCACGAAUUUAUGAGGAAAAUGAUAGAGGAGUGUUUGACAAGAUCGUUUCAAAACUUCUAAAUCUGGGGCUAAUCACAGAGAGCCAGGCUUAUACCCUGGAAGAUGAAGUGGCAGAGGUUUUACAACAGCUAAUUGCAAAUGAAGCAAAGCAUCGUGAGAAGGAGUCUGAAGAUUUUGAUUACCCUCCAAGCAGAGCAGACAGUGAUACAAAAGAAAAGCAACAGGAAAGAAUGACACCAAGCAAAGUGGAUCAAGAUAGUUUCAUUAAUGGAGAAAUUGAUGAUACACUGGAUAACACAUGGUCAUCAUCUAAUGUCUUGGAAAGAAGAAAUGAGCUGCCUUCUGAAGAUAAUUUUGAAGACCUCCAAUAUUUUCCAAACUUUUAUGCACUGUUAAAAAGUCUUAACUCAGAGACGGAGGCAAAAGAGAAGGAGACCUUGAUAACUAUCAUGAAAACCCUGAUUGAUUUUGUGAAGAUGAUGGUUAAAUAUGGAACAAUCACACCAGAAGAAGGAGUUUCCUAUCUGGAAAAUUUAGAUACAAUGAUAGCUGAGCAGACAAAGAAGAAACUUGAGAACCCCUCCACUCCAACCAGAACAAAGCUACCAGCAGACAAAAGUAGUGAGGAAGCAGACAGUACAAAGGAAGAAGCAGCUAAAAUGGAAAAGGAAUAUGAAAUUUCAAAGGAUUCUACAAAAAUUGAAGAGCAAAAUGCAGCAGGAAACAGUGAAGAGCCCAGAGGGAAAGCUGAGGCAUAUCUGGAAGCAAUCAGGAAGAACAUAGAAUGGCUAAAAAAACACAACAAACAAGGUAACAAAGAAGACUAUGAUCUUUCAAAGCUGAGAGAUUUCAUUGAUCAGCAAGCUGAUGCUUACGUGGACAAGGGCAUCCUGGACAAGGAAGAGGCUGAUGUAAUUAAACGCAUAUAUAGCAGCCUGUAAAAACCUAGUGGCUGCCAAACGUGUAGAAAACUAGUAUAGCUUCCCUCACUCCCAGCUCAAUGACUUAUGAUCUGUUAAUUUGAGAAUAUCAUUAGAAAUGCUCUGUUUACAUUGUCCUGACAAUUUUUUUAGGCAGAAAUGGAGAGCUGUAGUGCUCUACACUGACUGCGUACUCACAAAUCCACCCUAAACGCCAAAUUCUGACACUGAAUUUCUAUUUGAUAGGGUAAAUAAUUAUGUAAUGUUCUCUUUGAUUUAUUAUUUGUGUUUGGUUUACUUUUGUAGAUAGGCCAAUCGUUUCUGAUGGAAAGUUCCUUUAAUGCUACAUCUUUUUUGCUCUCACUCCCCUAGCUUUCUAUAGAUGCAACUAUGUAAAGGGCAUUAUUAGAAAAUAGUUCAUAGUUCUCUAAAUAAAAUAUUUGAAAAUAAUUUACCUAUUAAAGUUUUCCUUAAUAUGAUUUCAUAAACAGAAAUCUUGUUUUUAAACCCUAAUGCCUUUUUUCCCUUGACCCUUUUUUAUUUCUUUAUGUAGUAUUCUAUAACUUGAACUACAGUGUCUUCAGCUGACUGAUAAAUCUUUGACACUACAACUGCCUUCCAUGUUACAGAGCUGUAUUCUUCCCAUUGUUGCUUCAUUCAGCAUGUAUAAACAUUUGGUGCACCAUUUGAUGAUUGUGCAUGCAUAAUUAGUUGAAUUCCUGAUGUGAGUAGCCUGAUAACAAGUGUAAAUAGACAUUACUUUCUUUAAAGGGGAGGGGAAAAAAAAAAAAAAGGAAAGCGAUUCAACUCAUUUUGCAUGGGAAGGGGAGUUUGCAAAUAGAGGUGUUUUUAGGAACAUGGACCCUGCUUUUCAGAAAGACUUAAAGAACCUCUCAUAUCUCCAGCAUCUCUGAAUAGCAAGGCUGUGGUGUGUUUCUGAUCUGCGUUGAGCGGUAUUAUUCGGAAAACUAUUUUUGGGGGCUUAUAUAUGCUACCACUAGCCAAGAAUUUGGCACCUCCUAAAGAAUGAAAAACGAAACUGAAAAUGUUGACCUCGUUCUUCUUUCUCAAUUUAUAGAGUUUCUGAAGAAUGGUUUAUAACAUCUUUUAUAUUUAAGUGAAUGGAUAAGUUUAUGCACAAAGAACUCAUGAAGCAAGAUCAAAGGUAAAAAAAGUUUUUUGAGAAAUAAAUUUUAAACUGAGUUCCAGAAGAUGUAAAUCCUGAGACUUAUCCCCUGCAGUAAAUGAACUCCAGGAAAGCCCUGUUCUCUUUAGUUACAGGUUCUUCAUUGAUAAUUGGGGUUAUCCCUGCUCUGACUUUUUU